AUGCUCCGAUCCAAGUCAAGCACUACUGACUGGGCCUUCAGACGGGUCAAUGCAGAGAUUAGCACGGCCCGGCGACGACUCACUCAACCCGCGGGAGCCACCGCCCGUCAUAGACAAGAGACCGAGUUGAAAAGGCUGGAGAUGCGGAAGGCAGACCUAGGGAAGGAUCUCAAGGACAUCCAAGAUCGGAUCGAUGCGCGUCGACAGUCGCAAGAAUCGGGGAAAGCGCCACAUGGAUCCGGUCGACUACCGAAUGAAUCUCGCCGCGACUAUCUACUGCGCACCGGAAAGAUCACACCAUUUGCGUUGAUGAACGAGGGCUCGCGUGAUGGUCCCCUCGCCAACCUGCAAGAUGCGCUUAUCGACACAGAAGAUCAGCAGAAUGAAGCGGAAGAGAGGGAACAAGCCAAGCAUCUGCCUGCCGCGUCCCACCGGGAUCUAGCACGCCCGGACUUCGACUUUGAGGCGCCCCCACCCGUCCCCGCAUCCGCACCCGCGGCCAGGAAGCGCCGCAAGGUGGAUCCUCAAAGCUCCCCAGCAGAGGACUCGUCGGCGAGCUACGUUGCCACUGACGAAGCCGGAGCUACAUCGGAAGGGGAAGAGUACAUGCCUGAUACUGUACCUGAAAAGCCAAGUCGCAAGCGCAAACCGGUCAAUGGCAAGUCGGACAACCAGCUUGAAGAUUUAAGCGGACACUGCUCGACAACACGCCGCAGCCGAAGACUCAGCCGACGCUGA